AUGGCACUGUUUUCUCUCCGAAACAACCUCUUUCCACUGCCAACUCCAUUGCCAAUACUAAAUACUCCUUCCUCAACCAAGACCCUUCCUUCUGUCACUACUCGUCGAACCACGAUCUUUGGUUCCAGCAUCCUACUUCUCAAUUUGCCAAAUCUCAAUUCAACACCACUUGCACUUGCUCAGGUCCUGCCAGAUGAUGAGCUUCAGCAACAAGAAGACCAUGUUGUGCAACUCUUUCAGGAUACUUCACCGUCGGUUGUUUUCAUUAAAGACCUUGAAUUGAAUAAAGUUCCCAAGUCAUCUUCCAAGGGAGCCGUGCUGAAUGAGGAUGAAGAUGCAAAAGUAGAAGGCACUGGUUCAGGCUUCAUUUGGGAUAAAUUUGGUCACAUAGUUACCAAUUACCAUGUUGUCUCUAAACUGGCUACUGAUACAAGUGGUUUACAACGUUGUAAGGUGUUCCUAGUUGAUGCCAAAGGGAAUAGCUUUUACAGGGAAGGCAAGAUAAUUGGAUUUGAUCCAGCAUAUGAUCUAGCUGUUCUGAAGGUUGAUGUUGUUGGAUACAAAAUAAAGCCGGCUAAUGUCGGUCAGUCUAACAAUUUACGUGUUGGCCAAAGCUGCUUUGCCAUUGGGAAUCCUUAUGGAUAUGAGAACACUCUCACAACAGGGGUGGUUAGUGGUUUAGGCCGCGAGAUACCUUCACCAAAUGGAGGGGCCAUUAGAGGAGCUAUUCAAACUGAUGCAGCAAUUAACGCAGGAAAUUCAGGUGGACCAUUGAUUAACUCAUAUGGCCAUGUUAUUGGAGUAAACACUGCUACCUUCACAAAGAAAGGGACUGGAGUGUCAUCAGGUGUUAACUUUGCAAUUCCCAUUGACACAGUCAUGAGAACAGUACCAUACCUUAUUGUCUACGGAACACCUUACAGUAAUAGGUUUUGA